GCAUGCUUGAUGCAUGGAUGUAUUAACUUCAACAGCUGAGUCGCGCUAAAGUGACGCUGCUGUGCCUAAAACCAGCAUAUAUGAAUAUGGCGGCGCUGCUGAGAGGUCUGCGAGCUGGAAGGGCACUUCGGGGGCUGGCCAGCGUAGUGGCUGCUCCAGCAGCAACCAAGCCCCAGUGCAGCAGCCUGAGUCGCAGCUUCCACCGGGCGACACUGAGGCUUCAGGAUGACUCCAAAUCUGACAAACCCCCCUCCUCCUCAUCCACAACCUACCAUGAGCACUACCAGGCUCACUCUGCUGAACAGGACACAGCAGCAGCCGCCCAGGAAGACUCAACAUCUGACCCGGCAGCUGACCAGGCUUCCAGGCCAAACACCAGUUACCAGGACCAGGGCGGAGAGCAAGGCGAGGAGUACGAAACGGAGGAGCAGCUUCAAGCUCGAAUCCUGACUGCUGCUCUGGAGUUCGUCCCACAGCACGGCUGGUCGAUGGAAGCCAUUGCGAUCGGUGCUGAGACACUGGGCCUGUCCUCUGCUUCCACUGGUAUGUUCUAUAACGGAGCUGGAGACUUGGUCCUACACUUCCUCGCCCAGUGCAACUCACAGCUGACUGACAUCCUGGCUGAACAACACAACCAGGUCCAGCUGGGCCAGGCUGAACGAAAGAAGACUGCUGACUUUCUAAGAGAUGCUGUAGAGACCAGACUGAGGAUGCUCAUCCCCUACAUUGAAUCUUGGCCCCAGGCGAUGAGCAUCUUGCUUCUUCCUCACAACAUCCCCGACAGCCUGAAGCACCUGUCCACCCUGGUGGACGACAUCUGGUACUACGCCGGAGACCGAUCCACAGAUAUGAACUGGUACACCAAACGGGCAGCGCUGACGGGCAUCUAUAACACCACAGAGCUGGUGAUGCUGCAGGAUUCCUCUCCAGACUUCCAGGACACCUGGAACUUCCUUGACAACCGCAUUCAGGAUGUAGUCAACAUGGCCACCACCACCAAACAGAUGCAGUCGACUGGUGAAACCGUGGUACAGGGGUUCAUGGGAGCUGCUAUCACACUGAAGAACCUAACAGGACUGAACCAGAGGCGGUGAUCUAAACAUCUCUCACUCCCAGUGAUCCUGACUGCCUGGCUUGAGUCACGAGCUGAAGAUCAGAUUUCUUUUUGCUCUUAUUUUUGAUCAACUGUAAGAAUCUGAAAGUAUUUGAUUAUGACUUUCAUUCAGGAAGAGAAAACUAUUAUUUAUCACAGGCCACAGUGAUGGGCCUCUUUCUGUUCACCUGUAAGACUAGUGGCGGCUUUUGCUUUGUUUCACUGUCCAAGAUUUCACUCUCCUGCUCUCCUUCCCUUUGGACGAUAUGAUCUGUUUGGUUUUUUUGGAUUGAGCCUCAAAUAAAGUAGUAUAUAUAUUUUAA